UCCUUUACGAUUGAAACAAGGGUGCAGGCAUACUCUUGUAUUAUCGUAGAAAAUCUUGGAGUGAUGAACUGUAACAUCAUUGCACAUCUGGAAAAUAACAGGAUAGUCACUGAUCUGUAGGUAGCUGGCUAUCUGGCUAGCUACCUGAGUCUUGGUUCUAAGCCUGCAGUGGCCAUGUUGUCCAAGCCUGGCUCCAGUGAGCAUUGAUCAAGGUCCAGUCUUGCCAUGGACAGCCUCUUGAGCAGCAGCCAGGAAUCGCGGGCCACCCUACGGGGCCUGUCCUCCAUCAACCCCGGCUCCUUCUCAGCGCGAGUGGAGUCCUACGAGGCCGGCGAGAAGAAGUCCAUCUCCGACGUCAGGAGGACCUUCUGCCUUUUCGUCACUUUCGACCUCCUCUUCAUCACCCUGCUCUGGAUAAUAGAGCUCAAUGUUAGUGGAGGUAUCCCAGAGCAGUUGAAUAAAGAAGUCCUCCAUUACGAUUACCAUGCCUCCUUUUUUGAUAUAUUUAUCCUGGCUGUGUUCCGCUUUGCGGCUCUUAUACUGGCCUACGCUGUCUGCAAGCUGCGGCAUUGGUGGGCCAUUGCGAUAACAACAGCCGUCACUAGUGCCUUCUUGAUAGUGAAAGUCAUUCUCUCAAAGCUCCUCUCCCAGGGAGCGUUUGGGUACCUCUUACCCAUCAUCUCCUUCAUCCUGGCCUGGAUCGAGACCUGGUUCCUGGACUUCAAGGUUCUGCCCCAGGAGGCUGAGGAUGAGAACCGGUUGCUGUCGGUGGCAGACACUUCAGAGAGGGCCCCCCUCAUGUACCCCGGCCCCCUUUCGGACGGACAGUUCUACUCUCCCCCCGAGUCAGUCGCAGAUUCUGAUGAAGACAUAGAGGAAAAACAUGACCAUGAGAAGCCAGUUAUUUAGCAGGAAUACAAGCUAAUAAUUGGGAGGUGCCUGCCGUCAUUGACAGCCCAAUGACUUAAUGACUCAAGUCCAAGUCCAGCGACAUUGGCUGCCCCACGUUCUGCAAUUGCCCUGGUUACCACUAUCCUCUCCUGUCACGGAAGGUCACACUGCCUUACAACUGCUUCCAAACUCUACUGUAUUCUUCCACCUGUGGUUAGUGCACUAACUUCCAAAGCAGUUCAAUGUUCUCACCUUUUUCCCCAACAAGGACAAAAAAAAAAGGUGUACCCUUUUUAAGAAUGAAGUAGCUACGUUCUCAAGAAAUAUAUAUAUAUAUAUAUAUAUAUAUAUAUAUAUAUAUAUAUAUAUAUAUAUAUAUAUAUAUAUAUAUAUAUAUAAAAACCCUGAAACAGUGUUGUGGCACACGUGUAAGCCGUUCCUGAUGUUUACAUUUUUAUAUGGUUAUUAUUUAAAGUUCACAAACGGGCCUUGUGAACACUGUGAUCGUCACCUUCGAGUUGAAGAUGCACUGGAUUACCACGCAUGCCUGGGACAGACCUGCGUCGUCUUAGCUCCUGCAUCCCCCCCAAAACAUCCAUUUCUAACACUGGCACGUUUCACUUUUACGUUUAUUUAUUAUAAUCAUCGCAAAUUGCUGUGCCCUUUGAAGCUAAAAUUUGAAAGCUUUGCAUUGGCAUUGCAUUACCGUGUGCAUGUAAUCAUGUGCUUUAGAUAUCACUUCAGUCUCAGAAAGCUAAGAGAUGCAUGGUCCCUUCUAUAAAUCACUUUCCUCUCCCGUCUCUUCAGACUGCUUGAACCCCUGUCGAAUAGCGAAUGUUGCGCAGUGUCUGUGGAAUCCGAGACUUAUCCGUUCUGACUGGGGGAAAAAAAGCCAAGGAAUGCCUAAAUAUGGUUAUGUGAAGCAAUAUGACUGCCGUAAUUGGAGUGGAAGACGUGUUCAACUGUAAUCACUAUAUCUGAAACAUGGAUAAAUCGGGCAUCGAGCGGCCAUCGUUUAUACAACAACAAAUAGCUAUGUAGAUGCUGUAUUGCAUAUGUAGGUGCAGUAUAUAUGACAGUAGUAUGUAAGUCAAGAGGCCCUGUAGAAACACCCAUUGAAAAUGUUCUAACCCUUGGAAUCAUGUGCAGAAUUAAAAUGAUCUAAAGAUUACUAUUAAAAUAACCUUUUUUUGUUAACUUACAUAAUGUAAAUGACGUGCUUCUAUAUAUUUUUUAUUAUAUUUGUAUUUACAGGGUGCCAAUACGAUUGUUUGCCUCUUUUCUGAUUUCAUUAAAAAAAUAAAAAAUUCAGGAGAGAACCAUCUCUUCGAUUUAAAUUACAAUUUUUCAGGAAUCAAGAAUUUCGCGUUUACACAGUGCUUGAUUGGGUUCAUGGUAAAUAAUGUCAGUGAAUUUGAUUUUUUAAAAAGAUUUUUUGAUAAUUUUUAAUAUUGAGCUGGAAUCAUUUUGUACACAACUUAAACACAUUUAGUCCUCUUAAGACAAAUUGGCUUUACUGUAGCAUAAUAUCAUGAGCAAUGUUUAAGGGGGAGUCAUUCACAAAUUAUUUCCGAUAAUAGUAGUACAAGUGUAUUACACAGGAUGCCCAUGUUAUAUCUACCGUAAAUGAAACAAAACAAUCUAGUGGAAGUUUUGUCAGGGUUAGGGGGCGACCACACCAAACGUGCUUUAUCGGCAUGAAAACGCAACUAUUUUAUGAAGCCUACUCUGUUAAAAAGAAAUAAAAAGAAAUAAAUAAAUUGCUGGAGGUGUCUUUUCUGCUGUUGCAACCACACUCGGCUCCCGUCAAAAUUGCUGAUGUUCUUAACGAUAUUAAUGGUAUUAGCUAAAGUAAUUACACCAGAAUGUUUGGUGUCUUAGGCCUAUUUGUUUUUUCAAAACAAUAGAUAAGCGGAGGGCACUCGCGUUUGCUCUUUUGGAGAGCGAGCGACAGAAAGAGUUAAAAAAAACAACACUACCUUUGUGAAAUUGUAUGUGGAUGAGGCAAAACGGUGUCAACAGCAGCAACCAAUUUCUCCUCCAUAUUUGUUUACAAUGGAAAAGAAAAACCCUGUUUCUAUUCUUAUGCAUUUGGACAGCGGAGAAAAGAAUGUCAGUUACAUGCGGCAUUUUUUCUUGGAGCACAGGAAAAUAGGAGAAUUUGCAGCUCUGUGCACCUAAAGACAGCGAGGUGCCCGGGGGAUAUAAACGUGAAGCACAUGGUGCACAAAAGCCAUGUAGGAAACACUUCAAACCCAUUCAAAAUAAUAACAAAAAAAGCACUGAGCUGUUAGUUGGUGUGAUCGGCCCCUAAUUCUCCCCUUUUUUCUGGCUAGGUCACAAUUUAACUGAAAUGUUAUUGGCUUAUUUUAUUUUUUUUAAUAGUUUUGGUUUCAUUUCAGUGAUUUUUAUUGAAAUGUAUAUUUUAAAAUGUAUUUCUAAAAAUAACAUUUGCUCAGAUUUGUUACUCAAUGUUAAGGUUUAUUGCAUUGCAUUUACAUUGAAUAAAGGUCUCAAAGACAAAAUGCUUUGCACUUUAGUUGUCCCCAGAAUGUACCAUUUUUAGCAUGGAUGUGCUAAAUAAUCGGAACGUUCAUAAAGAUGUUUAACAAUGUUCUUUCUAUUGUUAAAAUUUCCAGAAAUAACCGUUAUAGCACAUUUAACAUGAAACUGUCCCUAAAAUGUGAAUGGUGAGUAGCUCUUCCUUUCUUUAUAGAUGACAUAAAAUUAAAAAUUAUCUAAAAUUUCCCUUGGGAUGAAUAAAGUGUCUAUCUAUCUAUCUAUCUAUCUAUCUAUCUAUCUAUCUAUCUAUUUAUCUACAUUGUGAAGGAUAUUAGCUGCAUUUAGUAAAGCUUUGAAUAAUGAAAGCAGAUUACACUGUAAAUCUAAAAUGAAACUCUAUUUUUGUUUUGCAUAAUUGUUUGUUGCAUUUUUUGCAUUUCCCUCCACUACAAUGAAAUGAAAUGGCAUUUUCAUUUUGAUAUAGUGUAAGCACUAUAUAUCCAAACUGCCAUCCAUUUAUUGAAACGGCUCUGCAAAAUUAUUAUUAUUAUUAAUUAUUUGCAUUUUGUGUAACAAAAUGACAAUUGAACUCCAGGCUCAGCCAAACGCAGUACACUUUGGCUUUAAUAUUUGCAGUUUAUGAAUUUUUCAAUAUGAUCAUCAAAAUGACAAUGCCAAUAAUACAACAACUGUGACAGUUAUGCAUUAGUUGUUAUUCAAAGUUAAAGACACUUCAGGGUUAGAUGGAUUCUGGGCUGGGAGAAACACCUGUAUUUUGAUAUGCGAUCACGUCUAAACUGUAAAUUGCUUCAAUGUAUCUAAUUGACAGUAGUAGUAUUUGAGAAAUGAAUAUGUGGAUAAGACACUGUGGUAGUGCAAGGAUGGUUAUGAGGUACUGUGGAACAGAGAACAUUGUGUUCAGGAGGUGAGAAACUGUCCCCCUUUAAUGCAUGAAUGCAUGUUCUGUGUCCAGAUUUCCAGUCCCCAUCCAUUAAUAAAAUAUAUUUAUGCCUC